GCUCCUCUGUGUCAGGCACCUAUAUAAAGCCUGGGAUGAGACAGACUGAGACAUUCUCCCCUCUGCAAGCAGAGCUCAAGGCUGGGAACUGUGAGGCUGAAGCAAAGAUCCCAGAAGAAGCAGAGCAGAAAAUGGCCUCUUGCCCAAACUUGACUCCACUUGUCCAGGAGGCACUCAUCUGCCCCAUCUGUAGGGAGUACUUCACAAACCCAGCGUCACUUGAGUGUGGCCACACUUUUUGUCAAAGUUGCCUCCUCAGGAGCUGUAAGGAGAACUCUGCUCUUCUCUCAUGCACAGAGUGCAAGAGGAUUAUCCAGGUGAGGGCUUUCCAAGUCAAUGUGAGUCUUGGGCUGAAGGCUGCUGCUGCCAUAAAGCGGAGAGCCUAUUGCUUGCAGGAUCCUGUAGGACCUGGCAAGUGUGAGGUCCAUCAGGAAAUCCGGAAGCGGCUCUGCGGGGAGCAUCGCCGCCCCAUCUGUGUGGCCUGCUCUGGGUGCCAGGGGCAUGAGACUCCCAUACUCACUGGGAUUGAUAGGAUUGCAGAGGACUUCAGGAAGAAACUCCGAGAGAGUGUGAAAGAGUUGUGCAGGGAAAGGGAGAAAGUUGCACAAAUGUUGCAGAAUGAGAAGGUCUUAUUGGAAAAGUUGCAAGAGAAGGCAGAGUCUCAAAAGAAGCAUAUUAUGCACUCAUUCCAAAAAAUAUUAGAGUUCCUGGAGGAAGAGAAGAAGGAGUGCCUGUCAAAUGUGGAAAAGCAGAUCAGGGCCAAGGUGGAUGUCCAGGAGAGGAGAAUUACAGCACUAGUCAACCAGAAUCAAGAAUUCAGGAAGAGAAUCACAGAGUUAGAGGAGGAGUGCAAGAAACCUGAUCUGGAUUUGCUGCGGAAUGUGAGAGAAAUAGUCAAAAGGAAUGAACCUGUGCUUCACGAGGAACCACAAAACUUCUGCCUCAAGAUGAUUAUAUGUCCCAUCCCUGCAAUCAUAGAAGCAAUUUCCCGGUUCAAAGUGGACAUCACUUUGGAUCCUAACACUGCUAGUCCGGGUCUCAUCAUAUCUGAAGAUCUGAAGAGUGUGAGCUAUGAUGCAACACAAGGGAGAGAGCUCAACCCUAAUGGGGGGUUUGAAGGUUUGCUUCUGGUUCUUGCUACUCAGUCCUUCAUUUCACAGAGAUGCUAUUGGGAGGUGCAGGUGCCUGGCAACACUUCCUGGAGCCUUGGUGUUUGUAAAUUAUUACCAGAGCUGAAAAGCUUCUUUACACUUAUGGCUAUUGCCAAGGAUAAUGGCAACUAUCUUUAUGCCUCAUCCAAGUCCCACCUGCAAGAAAAUAUUAAUUUGAGAUACCUCUGCACCAGUGAGUCAGCCUUCAAAGUUGGAAUUUUCUUGGACUACCACCGUGGAGACAUAUCAUUUUAUCAUGUAAAUGAAAGGUGUCUUAUUUAUACAUUCCCCACCAUUUCCUUCUCAGGACCUCUCAAGCCCUUGUUCUCUCUUACAACAAAAGGUCUGGUAACUGAUUGCUCUCUGACAAUUUGCCCCUAAUUCAGAGUUCUCAAGGAACAUUUACCUACUUAUUGGCCAAAAAGACAUCAGACACUGUAUUCCACAAUUCCUGUGGGUUCUCCUACCUGAAAAUAAUUGUCUCCCUUUCUCUACCUAAAAAUCAAAGCCAUUCCUUCAGUGUAUCUGUGAUACUCACUGAUUCUGGGCCAAGAUUGUUCUGAAUUCCCCCUCUUGAUUGCUCCAAUAGAAAGACCAUAACAGCUGUAAUUUUCUUGAAUGGAUCCAUUGUGUAAACAAAAU